AUGAUGAAAUCUCUAUGCUUGUUACUCUGUCUCCUGUUUUCUGCCCAAGCCCAGUACUACAGCCAUCAACAAAGACAACAGACCCCAACCCAGCCAAUCCCAGCCGUCUACUACUAUCCGAAACCUUGCUUUGAAUGCAAGUCUCCUCUUGUGACCGUUGUGCAAAUCCCCUCGGCUUACAAGGAUAUCUCUUCGGAAACUAUCCAACAGUACCUUCAGCAACAGCUUUUCCUUCAAUCGAUGGGAUUGGGCUCGCUUGGGUUCUCCCCGAUGAUGAUGGGGUUAAGCGGGGGAAUGGGCGGUGGUGGAAUGAGUGGAGGACAACAAGGAAUGAGCUACUAUCAACAAAUGCAAAUGUUGGCAAUGAUGCAGAUGGCAAAACGUAUCAGCGGUCAUCCGGUUCAAUUGCAACCGGUCAUUCGCACCACCGCCGAAUAUAAAUACCCCGGGAGAAAUGUUCUCUUCCUUCCACCAUACAUCUCCACCCAAUACAAGCCUCAAAAAGCGUCACCUCAAAUGAGAAAAGGACUUGAGAGCACGACACAGAAAACGAUUGUUGUGGCGGAAGCCGUCCAAGUCACUCGACCGCCAUCCACUCGUCUCAUCCUAGCUCAACCAGCCUAUAAUAAACGUUCA